AUAAUGGCGCCACCGCCAUUCGAGAACGUCGAGUUCAUUUCCAUCUCCAUCUCCAUCUUCAUCUUCAUUUCCAUUUUCAUUUCAAUUUCAUCUUCAUUUCGAAUUUCAUUUCAAUUUCUCAAAUAACCGAAACUCAAAACCUAAUUUCGUUAGCAAUGUGGAAGUGGUUUCGGAAAGAAGCAGAAGCACCACCGCCGGUGGUUCUCGUACCGCCGCUCUUCGAUUUCCCUCCGCUCGCCGCGCGCAACAGAAUGCUUGAAUCAUCAUACGACGUCGUUUUCGGGAAACUCGCGUUAAAGUGUCUCUUCAACGAUUACUUUCAACAACCGAAGCAUUUCAUCACUAGAAUCAUGCUCAAGCCAAUCGAUGAUCCUCACGUCGAUCUCAUUGCAACAGUUUCAGGUCCUCUCGAUCAAAAGCCCGAAGAAAGCAUCACUGGAAAUGCUUCCUUUCGCUGGCAAAGUGACUUAAAUGAUCCUCAUACAUUCAUGGACCUUUUUGUAUCGACGUCUGAUCCGGUUUUGCAGAUGAGAUCGUGUGCUUACUAUCCUAGAUAUGGAUUUGGGGCCUUCGGAGUGUUUCCUUUACUGUCGAAGAAAAGAGAAUCCCCCCAAGAUUACGGCAUGAUGGGAUUGAGAUAUGGUUCUGGAAAUCUAUCAUUUGGAGUCACACUUAUGCCUUUUUCCAUGAAAGAUGAAUUACCAAAAAGCGCAUGGUUGGUGAGCAAGAUAGGAAGGGUGAUGGCUGGGGUGCAGUAUGAGCCACACCAUGGAAAUGCAAAGCUUUCAAAUUUGAUGAACUGGAGUUGUGCCAUGGGUUACGGUGUGGGAUCAGGCAGUCCUUUGAGCCCGUCUUUCAAUUUCAGUCUCGAGCUUGUCAAAAGCUCCCAGUUUGUUGCGUCAUUCUAUCAGCAUAUGGUUGUUCAAAGACGGGUGAAAAACCCCCUUGAAGAGAAUACUGUUGUUGGAAUUACAAACUACAUUGACUUUGGGUUUGAGUUACAAACGAGUGUUGAUGAUGCGAUAGCAACAAAUAAUAUAUCAGACUCCACUUUUCAAAUAGGCGCAUCCUGGCAAGCCAAUAAGAAUUUCUUGGUGAAGGCAAAAGUUGGACCUCGUAGCUCAACAAUGGCUCUUGCAUUCAAGUCAUGGUGGAAACCGUCUUUCACUUUCAGUGUUUCAGCCACCAGAGAUCGUGCAGAUGGUAACGUGCAAUACGGAUUUGGCGUCCAAAGUGAAAGUCUCAGAGAAGCCAGUUAUCAAAGAGCUGAUCCCAAUUUCGUAAUGCUCACACAAAGCAAGGAGCACCUAGCUGAGGGCAUUGUUUGGCAAACAGGAAAACGGCCUAUGCUACAAUCUGACAUAAAUGCAGGACAUUUUGAGGGCUUACCCAGAGAAUUAAGACCUCUUGACAAAAUUUUGUAACUUCUUUCUUAUAUCUUUAUAUUUCUUCUUGCAGAUAGUGAAAAUUGCUUAAGGAGUUAUGAUGAUAGAUGAAAAUGUUCAGAAGAAUGUAGUCUAGUUCACUGCAUUUGUCAGUACAUUUUGUUCCAGCUUUGUUAUUGUGAACCACAAAUAUUAUUAAUGAUUAUUAAUUAAUUAAUGAUUAUUAAUUAAUUAAUGUAUUAUACGUA